CGCAGUCGCUGAAUGACUUGGGCUUUUCCAAAAGAUAUGUGAGGUGUUUCCAGAUAUCAGAGGUUGUGAACAACAUGAAAGAUUUGAUCGAUUUCUGCCGGGAAAACAAAGUUGGCCCAAUUGAGGGCUUGAAGGUUUAUCCUCGACAUGCAAAUGCAACCAAGCUCCAGAUGCAAAAGAUCCAGGAAAUGGAGCAGUUAGCAAGUAUUCAAGCCAUGCCAACUGACAGGAACACUCUUAGUAAUCUAAUGGUGUUGCAUCCCGGACUAAACAAUCAAAUGAAUAACAAGCAGCACAUGGCUAGUUGAGGAGCUUUGAGUGGCUCAACACAAGCAGCUCUAGCGCUGACCAAUUACCAGAAUCUGCUCAAAUGCAAAUUCUCUUCAACAUGAGGCAUCUUCGUCUUUAAAUA